CGCCCUAGACCGACUCACCGAGGACCAGGUGACAUGGGACCCGUAUGUACCUGACUUGGUAGAUGCCAUGCCUCCACAUCUGCUAGACCAUCAGGCGGAGUGGCGUGCUAGGGUCCCCCUGAUCUGUUUCGAGGUUGUGGAGAGUCACCUGCCCGACCGAGUCAUGAGGCAGUUUGGACUACGCCAGACUAUCCCACAGGGGUGUGACACUAGUGUACAGCUUCACGGCAUUGAUCGUCGGGGAAAGGGGGAGACCAGCUGGGCGCUGGAGCAUUGGCGUUUCCUUCAGCUAUGGGAGCAACGGUUGGAGUUCAUCGUUGGAGGUGAUCUAAUGCAGGGGGCUAUGGAUCCCGACGAUCCGUACAUGGUGUGGUACAGGCGUAUCACACGACGCUUCAUCAACCCCAGCUACGCACCACCAUCCACACAUUACCAUCCAGCAUAUGACAUCAUUAGCGGAUAUGCGGCGGAUAUGGUGGCGAUGGUUGAUGCGCUAUCAGUCUCCCUUGAGUGCGGACCCACUAGAGCCCAGGUCGAGCAGGUGCGAGAUAUGGGCGUCGCUACCUUACGGAGAUAUGGUCACGCUCAUCUCGCCCACCGGCGGGACGGUCAUGAUGGCAACUCACAGUUCGAUCUCGGCCAGAGCAGCGGUGGAUGUGAUCCUACGUCACCCAGACACGCAGAGGAUUACAACAUCCACAGUACUGCGCCCUCUGGUACCCAGGAGGACCCCUCGUCCAGUCAGCUGACUCCCCCACCGCCCCGAGACCCAUUCACCACCGUCACUCAUUACAGGCGGCGACGUGUCAGACGGAGGGCCGACACUCAGGAGGCAGGACCUUUACCCCGAAUAAAUGAGUCGGGCUAGUAUUAUCUGUUGUAUUCCCUGUUAUUUUGUGUAAUGAUGUACAUAACACUUAUGAAAUUAAUAUAAUAAAUCUUUUUUGAAUGACUCCGUGUGUGCUUUGAAGUUAAUUUGGUGGUUGGACUGUUGUUGGGCUGUUUCGAGUUUUCUGCAGUGCUUAAAGUUGACGGAACUCCCAGAAUAUGGUGGUGGUACGUGGUGGGGAGUGGCGGAGUUGGUGGUCGACGGUGGUGGGGUAGGGCUGUGGAGCUGGCUGUUGUGGUGGCUGUUGGAGGACUGCAGCAUGCAAGCUGUUUGCUGAAGCUUGUUUUCUGCCUGGAUGCUGGUUGCUGUUUCCAGCAGAAAAGCGCUGUCUGAGACAGCGCUUUAUGUUCAAGCAUAAAGCGCUGUCUGAGACAGCGCUUUAUGUUCAAGCAUAAAGCGCUGUCUGAGACAGAGCUUUAUGUUGAACAUAUAAAAUAGUUGUAGUUGAAUUUUUUUUUAAAAAAAAAACCAGGGGUAAAACGCUGUCCGAGACAGCGUUUUAUGCUGGAAGCUUAGUUUGGUAAAUAGUUUUGCCACGCAACCAUUUUCGUAAAUAGUUUCCGUUUAAAGCUCAAUUUGGUAAAACG